GUCCCGCAUUCGAAACCCUUCAUUCAUCUUUACCACCGGAUCUCACAGAAAACGCUACAUAAAUCGACGGUUCUGUUGCCGAAAAACAACACGAAGCGCCAAUGGCAAUGACUUCUCUCCAUCUCAAACCCCCAAUUUGCGUGGAUAUUUGGACUUGUAAACUGUACGAUCCCGAAGGUCGAGAAUAUUUGGACUUGUAUUCUGGGAUCGCUGUCAAUUCGCUUGGACAUGGGGAUCCUGAUUGGAUACGGGUUGUCACAGAGCAAGCCCAUACUCUUACGCACGUCAGCAAUGCCUUCUAUUCCAUCCCUCAGGUGGAGCUAGCAAAGCCUCUGGUGGCUUGCUUAUUUGCUGAUCGUGUCUUUUUCUCCAACUCAGGAACAGAAGCAAAUGAAGCUGCCAUAAAAUUUGCAAGAAAGUUUCAAAGAUAUUCUUUCCCUGAUAAGAAAGAGCCUGCAACAGAAUUCAUUUCCUUCACCAACAGCUUCCACGGAAGGACAAUGGGAGCUGUUGCUUUGACGAGUAAGGAGCAUUACCGGUCACCAUUUGAGCCUGUCAUGCCUGGAGUUACUUUCUUGGAGUAUGGAAAUAUUGAUGCUGCGGGAAAACUAAUUCAAUCUGGAAAAAUUGCUGCCGUCUUUGUCGAACCUAUCCAGGGUGAAGGCGGCGUCCAUAGCGCAACUAAAGAAUUUUUGCAGUCGUUGCGUGGUGCAUGUGAUGAUUCGGGGUCACUACUGGUCUUUGAUGAGGUACAAUGUGGCUUGGGGAGGACAGGUUAUCUCUGGGCGCACGAAGCUUAUGGUGUAGUCCCCGAUAUAAUGACGCUGGCCAAACCUCUUGCAGGAGGGCUUCCCAUUGGAGCUGCAUUAGUCACCGAAAAGGUUGCUGCUUCAAUAUAACAUGGGGAACACGGAAGCACAUUCGCUGGAGGGCCGCUUAUUUGUGCUGCAGCCCUUGCCGUUUUGGACAAAAUCUCAAAGCCUGAGUUUCUAUUGAGCGUCUCAAACAAAGGUCAGUAUUUCAAAGAACUGUUAACAAGGAAGCUGGGAGCAAAUCCACAUGUGAAAGAAGUACGUGGUUUUGGGCUCAUUGUUGGGGUGGAGCUGGAUAUAUCUGCUUCGACGCUUGUGGAUGCCUGUCGAAAUUCUGGCCUGCUCAUAAUUACAGCGGGAAAAGGAAAUGUUCUCAGGCUUGUGCCCCCAUUGAUUAUCUCUAAGCCAGAAUUGGAGCAUGCGGCUGAUGUUUUGCUUGUAUGUUUGCCAGUCCUUGAUGCCUCAGAUUGAAGUUAAAUCACCAUUUAGUUUUGAGAAGUGAUUUUCUCACUCUCUUUUUCUCCUCUACACUCUUCUCUUUCGUCCUAGCCUUUGAUUUCAAUAAAUCAAAGGAAAAUCAAGGGACAAAACCAAGUGGAGGAGUACAGAAGGAGAAAUCGCAAGCGUAUGUGAAAAUCACUAAUGUUUAGUUUUAUGUCAGAAAGAUAACCCGUUGAUUUUUA